UCCCUAUUCCAGAAAAGAAAAACAAACAGCCCUGGGGUGAGGCAAUCUAGGGUUUUAGUAGCUAAAAAAAUUAAGUAGAAGAAAGCAAAAGCUUGAAAAUUGAAAAAAUGGAAGGUGGGGACGAAGGAGGAAUAGAUAGAGUAGUUGAUUCGAAAGAUUUACAGCAACAAAGCAAAGCACUUGAUAAACUCACUGACCGUGUUGAAGAUCGCCAACUUGAUUCUACCCGUGUUCAGGAAGCUAUGGCUUCCAUUGCUUCUUCUGCUGAAGCUGAUGCCAAUGCUAUGAGAUUGAGGGAGAAAGAACUGGCUGCUGUGAAGAUCAACGCAGCUGAUGUUGACAUAAUUGCAAAUGAAUUAGAGUUGGACAAGAAGGUAGCAGAGAGAACCUUACGAGAGCACAAGGGCGAUGCUGUUGCUGCUAUUCGACAUCUUCUUCACUAGAAACACAUUGGGAACGCCGGGGGUUUAAAUUUUUCUGAGAACUAGCUACAUGAAGAAUUCUUUUUGAAUGCCAAUGUGGAAGUUAAUUUUUUUUUUUCCCUUUCCUUUUUGCAUAAAAUGUUUGGAGUUGAUGGUCUCUGUAAACAUGCUUGCUAUGCUUUUCAAAAACUGUAUCCAUGAAAUCAGCGAUUCCCUACUA